GUUGAGCACAGGCGAGUCUGCAGCCCCCACACAGCAACAGGCACAGAGGUGCACACCUCCACGGCACAACGAGGCGACAGCGUAAUCCGCGCAUUCACAGCCUCACCGCAUGCACGCACAGACGGGAACAACUUCGGCCAACACGAGGACCGCCCCAUUCGCCGUUGGUCCGUUGGCUCGAGUCCGCCAACUCGACUCGAGGCGAGUAGCCGAGGCGGGAGCCUGACCUGCGCGACCGGUCGGCCCGUCAACUGCCCUCAACUUCUCAUACUCGUCCUCUCCCACUUCUCCCCUGCGCGUGCUCUCUCAUCACUCUCUUACUCAUUCUCUCUCACCUCUCUCAUCCUCCUCCUCCUCUCCUACCUCUCUCUUGCUCGUUCUAUCUCGCUUUGUCUCUGGAUUUUCAUUUCUGGCCCCAUCCCCCAUCCCCUUUUGCUCCAUCGCUUCUUUCGCCCCCUUUGCUCGGUCUUCCUCCGCAUGAAUUGCCUCAUUCUCGGCUUGGUUAUCUCGCCUAGCACCCCCAGUCCAUCUCCAACAAGCGAUAGACUCAUACCAUUCGGUUUUCCCAUGACCGCCACAACGCCGGUUGCCAGGCCAGUGCCAAUGCUAGGCCGACGAGCAGCAGGCAGACUCCCUGUCUGCUGUCCUGCUAUUGAUUUACCCCGACAACGCGUGAUCGAUGUAUCCAUGUCUGGGGGAGCAGAGUUCCCCUGGUCUGCCUGGUCUGCCUGGUCGGCCCGACAUGCCUUAUUCGCGAGUGUACUGUUUUGUACUGGAUGGAGUGGAGUGGUGGAGACUUCUCCUCCAAAACUGCCUCUCUUCGUUGAGGUUGUUGGAGUCGGUUUGGAUUGUCACCUAUUCUCAUUCUCCACAACUCGUCGUGGUGCUACAGCGAGCCGGCCAAUUCGGCAGCCGGUUCUCUCCUUUCUCUUCUCUUCUCUUCUCUUCUCUCAGCCUCUGCUUCACUGUCUCCCUUCUCCACUCUGCUCCCCCCCUCGGGUGACUCAGAGGUUCGCAAACUUGCUCCUCACCGACUCCGACGAGGCUGGUGUACUCAACCGAUGGCUGGACGGAGUCGGGCCCCUCUUCGCCGCCUCUCCGGAUAGCUCGCACUUGCCGAAGACCCCGACGAGCAGCCGCGCCUCACAACCGGUGCCCAGCCCACCUGAGGUGUAUCCCCGAGCUAGUCACGGGCCGUCCACGAUACGGCCUCCUCUGCCUCCCGCAGAUUUGGCCCACUCCUCGCCUGCACCAGUGCCACAACCACGGCCCCGAGCCGGACUCCGACUCCGACUCCGACGCCGAGCUCGGCCACCCUCGCGGCUCAACCUCGAGGCGGCCCGUCAUGCGGUGUCAAUACUCUGGCCUCAAGGCUUGUCCACAGUCGGUGGACACGGACUCUUUUCUGCCAUGACAAAAACCGAAAGUGAGCAAACAGGUUAG